AUGGGUGAGAUGAAAAUGUCGGGUGAAGCCAGUAUCCGGCAUCGCGUGUGGUGGAUAAUCUACAUGAGGGCAUCCAGAAUAGGGUCCCAUCCCUACCUGUGGGCUUUGCAGUGCGGGCAGCUUCUGCUGGUCAAGGCUUGGCACGACCGGUUGGCGUUGUUGCAGCGAGAGGCCGCAGCCCAGAAGGUGUUGGACAGUCAAGUAGUGGACGGCCGGCGGCGACGGAGAUCUAUUGGACACAUCACUCGGAGACAGUCCCCGCGGAGCGCCUCGCCGCUGGUGAGUUCGUCGGCGGAGUUCGGGAAGGGAGCAACGGCGGAGCAGCGGCCUCGGUCAGGCGGCGGUUCUCGACGGCCGUCGUCUCCGUCACUGUUCUCCUCUCCGCCGCCGUCCCUGUUGGCGACGCCCGUCUUGACGACCCCGCUCAUGGCGACGCCGCUCCUGGUGUCCCCGUUAUUGGCCUCUCCGUUCUCGACGGCGACGCCGCUGCCCGUGGGCGGUCUGCGCAAUGGUCGGGACUCCCGAGGGACGACGGUGGAGGUGGCGGAGCCUUCAGCCCGCGCCGACUCUUCUGCGCGAAGGACCACUCUGAACCGCUCUGCCCCGGGCGCAAAUCCCCGCUCGCCCACUCUACGCUCAUCCGACCCGCGCGCCCUCCGCCGAAGAACCUCCUCAAGCAACCCUUUCGACGCGCGCACCUCUGCGCACGCGCGUGCUUCUCUGCGCUCGCCCUCCCCCCGGUCGCCCGCCGCCGUAGCGCUACUGGACCGGACGACCUUAGACCGGAUCACCUUAGACCGGAGCGCCUUGGACCGAACUACUUGCGGGCUUACGCCGGGUGUGACCCGCAGCUCACUGAACCAGACGGCGACUAAGUCUACAGACAAGAAGGCUAUCCGUCGCAGUUCGGCUGCGGCCUCCGUGUUGCGCCCGACAAGCUAUGGCUCGCGAUCGACCGCGGAUUUGGCGCCCCCUCUAGGUUCCCCCUCGCCCCCUCGCUCGCUGGGCUCCUCGGGCCCCGGCUCCCCCCAAGGCUCCUCUGGUCUAGGUCUCGGUUCCCCCCCCCUAGGCCGCUCUCUGGGACCCCCUCUGGGGCGGCCGUGCGCCUCGACUCCUCCGCGCAGCUCCAUGGCGUCCCCCUAUCCACACGGUGCGGCGACGGCGACGCCUCGCCCGCGAAGCCAAAACGCGACGCAGCUUCGCCCGGCCACGGACCAAGGCAGCAGCGACCGGCUGAAGGCUGCUCGCCCCUAUAACAACCUGGGCUCGGCCACCGUCGGUCGGGGUUCGGCCACGGGCGGUCGGAGCUCGGCAGGUCAGAGUUCGCAGCGGGUGUCCUCUCAGCGCAUAUCCUCGCAGCGCGUAUCCUCGCAACGCGUAUCCUCGCAACGCGUAUCCUCGCAACGCGUAUCCUCGCAACGCGUAUCCUCGCGACGUGGAUCAGUCACCCGAUCAGCGAACUACCUGUCAAUACACUGGGCGGCGCGACUACCAAGCCAGGACGAACUCUGGGCCACGACUGACUACCUUGGCUGGGGCGUGCUACACUAUGCAGCGCUAAGCGGCUCGGCCGAGCUCCUGCAGGCGGUGGCCGCGCGUCCCCGACGACUUCGACCUCCGCCGUCGCGCCACCCCCCGCCCCUCGGCUCCUCCAGUCACCCGCU